AUGUUCGUAGACGACUUUCAUCUUCUAGCAAUGCCCUAUGGACCAGUUCUGAAGGCAACAAAUAGGGCACUAAAUGAUUAUAUUAAAAAUUCUAUGUGUGGCCGCAAUGAACUUUUGAUUGUGGAUCGUAGAUCGCUUCGUCUGUACGAAAGUCCAGACAGCUCCGAAGGCGAAAAGUGGAUGCAUGUGAAGCAUGAAAUGCGAUUCAUGAAAGGAUCUGUGAAGGGGCUUGAAUCAGAGACUUGCUGCUUUGUAGAAUGGGACGUUGGAUGGCGUACACAUCAUUUCACGCAAUCUGCACUACGAUUGGCAAACUAG